AACAUUUCAUUUUCAUACAUUGUCCUUUCCCUGAUACUAAAAUUAUGUCAGAUUCAAACCUGCAUGCUGCAUCUCUCUGCAUUGUAACUAGAAAGAUAGUAGCAUGACUUUGCUCACAUCCUGCUGGUUUAUCAUUGAAUCUGUCAUCAUUCCAAACGGAUUUGUGAAGUGGUUUUACUUGAGCUUCUAUGUCCAUCCUCUUUUGCUCUUUCUUUGCCAGAUUUUCCUAUGGCUCAAGCAGUUAACAGCAUGGCUUCUACUCAUCUUCUCUCUUCCCAUUCGAAUGGUUUUCUUCGUGGCUUCAAACAUUUUCAGGCGUUUUAGAAUGGCCCAUAAUAUUGCAGCUGUGGCAGUUGUCGAUGAAGUUGAUGUCCCAGAAGUUGCAGUACAGAACCAGAUUGCUAGAUGUCCGUAUUGGAAAACAGUAUCCGAAGAAUAUGAGGGUAGAACAUAUGACGUUGUGAUGGAAGAGUUAGAGUUUGAUGAGAAAGCUGGUUCCAGGGAAGAAGAAGGGAAUUUGCAGAAUGAUGAAGAAACAAGCAGUUCAGCCAUGGAAGAUGAGGAAAUGGCUGGGAGUUCAUCCUCAUCAUCCAUUUUAAAUGUUGAAGAUGUGAAAGAGAGCGAUCCUCAUUUGCCAUCUUUGUGUAGAUCCAACUCGCUCAGUAUUGAAGGGGGAUUGGUUGAUGAAAGGAAGGAGGAAGAAUCAGAUUCAUUCUAUCAGAAAUAUACUGAAAGGAUGAGAUGGUUUGAUUUGCUCAAUCACGAUAGAACAUGUGGAAUAAGUGCAAUCCUAAACGAGCAAUUGGCCUCUCCUCUAUGGUUUGAGAGAAGAAAGACAUUGGAAUUCUCCAUCACUGGCAAUAGCAAGAUGGGAAGGAGGAUCUUAAGAAGCUUGGAAAUUGACCUCGAACUGGUUUAUGUUGCACAAUCAUGCUUGUCCUGGGAGGCACUCCAUUAUCAAUACAGAAAAGUUGAGGCGCUUGCAUCUUCUUCUUCUCCCAUUACCAUUGCCUUUCAUGAUAAUGUUGCAGAGAGAUUCCAAAAGUUUCAAAUACUUGUAGAGAGAUUUACAGAAGAUGAGAGGUGCAGGGGAGAAGAAAGGUACAGGAAUUACGUUCAUGGAAGGUCCUCUCUCAAGAGUUUACUCCAAGUUCCUGCCCUCUCAGGUCAUGUGGAGGAAGGAGAAGCCGGAUCAAUAAAGGGAGAAGCCGAGUCGGCAAAAGAAGUCGUCUUGAAGGGCAUAGAGAAAUGCAUAGAAGCCUUUUGGAUAUAUGUAAAAGCAGACAAGAAGAAGGCUCAGUGGAACUUCAAGAGCUUCUUCUGGAAUUGCCCACCUGUUGAAGACCCUAGAGAUCUAAGGCUACUGGCAGACCUCACAGAUAUACUUAAAAACAAGGAGCAAUGGCUGAAAGGCCUGCAAGGAAAGAAGUGUUGGUUGAGAAGAGCUGUAAAUCCUCUGGAAGAGUCUCAGAAGAAGGAGAUCUUGUUUGCAACGAUAGACAUGAGGCUGGUAUCAAGGGUGCUGAAGAUGUCUAUGAUUUCCAAUUCUCAGCUCAAAUGGUGCCAAGAGAAGCUUAGUAACAUAGAGUUCAAAGAUGGAAAGGUUAUGAGGGAAGGGACAUGUUCCCUGUUUCCAUCUUCUUGAUGUGAUAGAUUUGACUUCUUAAUGUAUGCUUUUAACAUGAGAUUGAGUUCUGACAAAUACAAAGACUCUGUUGUUAAUAAAUGA